AUGUCUGUGCAUCUCCCCGUGUCCGACGCAGCGUGGUUUGAAAAUGAACCUGUCAAUUCUGUCCCUCUAGAGUCCAAUCCGCUUAAUUCCUGGAAGCGUCUGCGAGCUUCGUCGAACCAGGAUGCGCGUGCCUGGUAUUUGGCCAGCAAAUGCCUCAUGAAGACAGCGCAAGAAGCUCGGGAAGAUGGCAUCUCCACACUGACAAGGGAUGAUCUUAUCAGUGCUCUUGGAUGUUUCAAGCUAGCACUACCAGCAACGUUUGACCUCUCCUCGUUACAUUUUGACAACGAGAAUUUCACGACGAUCCAAUGCGCCGCGCCCCAGAGCACCUGGGACGUCAUUACGUUAGAGCUGCGUGAUCCCGCACCGACAGAGGUACUUGUGCGCGUGCACGCGUCUGGGAUCUGCAACUCCGACCACUUCGUCAAGGACGGCGCCUGGCCUGGCAUUCAGUAUCCGCGCAUCCCCGGCCAUGAGAUCAUCGGCCGUAUCGCCGGCGUGGGCUCAGAGCUACUAAAAAGCCCGGCGAACAAGGACCGUUUUACCAUCGGUACCUUGGUCGGCGUUGGCUGGAAUGGCGGUUACUGCAACCAGUGCGAUUACUGCCGGAAAGGCCAGUUUUGGACCUGCCGCAACGUCGAUUACACUGGAUUUACGAUAGAUGGUGGUCAUGGGGAGUACAUGUACGCUCCGUACACGGCUAUCAUUGACAUUGCCGAGGAGGUGCUAAAGACAGCGUCCUAUGCUGAACUCGCUCCUCUCUUCUGUGCCGGGGCGACUGUAUUCGACGCCAUAAACACGUCGAAGUGGUCUCCGGGCGAUAUCUGCCUCGUCCAAGGAGUAUACGCUGUUUCGUCGGGUUCUUCUAAACGGGAUCUCGCAUUGUCCUUGGGGGCCUAUGAAUACAUCGACUCGAGUAAAACCGACGUUGUCGAGUACAUGUCGUCCAUUGCUGUUACGAAGAAUGGCACGAUUACUUUGGUCUCGGCCACUACGGAUGGACCAAUCCAAGUCGAUAAUCUUCUCCUCAACAUGAACCGUGCUACGCUACGUGGCUUCGCUUGCGGCUGUGCACCAGACAUGGAGAAAUGCAUCGAGUACUCUGCCACCAAUAAUGUGAAGGCGAUGAUAAAAGUAUUUACGAUGGACGAAUUCACGUAG